AGAGUGUAUUGGAGGGCAGCACAGUGUAGCAGCAAACUGCUGUGUUGUGAUUAUGGAGUGAGCAUGGAGCAGCAGGACCAAAACAAGAGAGGGGGAGAACAAGGAGCACACAGCUUGCUUGCUUUUAUGCCUGAUCAAUAAAAAGGUAGAUCAGUUCAGGAGUCUGAGCGCAGGAGAGGAGGGCUCAUUAAAGCAGCUCUGCUCUGCACAGCUGAAUGCCUGCAGGCUCCUUUUGAGUUUGAAUUCCACCACGAAGGGACUCGAGAAAUGAAGACAAAGUCACUCCAAACCUCGAGGACCUGAGGGAAAGCCGAAAAUCAGCUCCUGAUAUUUGGACUUAGAAAAACGAGGCAUUUUGCUGCAGGAUUGCACACAGAUGGAUGUAAUGGUGUGGAAACAACACAGCUCUCCUCCAGACUUUUGAGUCGCUCAGACAAGGCGAUGGGGAGAAGAGCGGCCGACCUGACAACUCCGGUUCCAGUUUUAGGAGUCCCUGCGCUGGUUGGAGUGCGUGGUUGGAGGACGACAGGAGGAGACAGAAGCGCUGGAGCCCUGCUGCUUCAGUCGUGGGGACCUCAGUGCAGCGUUGGAGUUCAAACAUCCCCGGGGAUUAGUAGACCACCCACGGUACAGCAGCUAACUGAUACUCUUCCAACACCAUCAGAUAGUAUCACUCAAACAUCUAACAGCUACAUUACCACAGAAACAGAGUACAGGGAGAUAUUACUGCUGACAAGGAGUGACAAGGAGAAAAGGGCUAUUUUGAAACAGAAAAAUGGUGAAUCAAAGACCAAAAAAGAAGUGACUUUCAAAGCUCUGGGAGGUGAGGCCUCAAAGGAUGUGACCUGCACUCACAAGAACAGAAGUGGGACUUACUGCUUUGCAAGAGCAAUUAAGACUAACCCAAAGUUUGCAGGGAGUACUACUAAUGCUAAGCCACGCUACACCAACGGCAGUGUGGUAGAUUCAGAGGCAAUUGGAGGAAUAAGCGUUCACAGUGACGAAGCAGAGCCUGGAAAAGCAACAAUGUCACGGGGAAGAGACCAAACAAGACUGGAAGGCCAUUAUGCAGAGCAGGCUGGGAAGUCACUCAUGUUACCAGCUGUAAGACCUUUGGGUACUCAAAAGAAAAUAUGCGGCAACUGCGGCGGGAGGCAAUACCUAACCACUGGGGUUGCAACUUCAAGGGAGAACGGCCCGGCUGUUAAUGCUUGCCUUGGAGAGAAACCAGUCAAAUCGACUCUCAGCAUGCCCCAUAUUGGCAACAGUCAUAACGAAAACUCUGAUAGCGCUAUAUCACGCGACCACAGAGCAAGCAUUACAGUCAAUCCACAUCAGGUACAUCUCAGUGAGGACUCAAAGAGUCGGAAAACGCCUCAUCCAGCUUGCCCAGUGCACUCUAGAGCCCAUGUAGUCACUUUGACAAAUUCUGCCACUGAAUCAACACCAACACAACCUUCCACCAUGAUACAAGCCAAAACCGUCACAGUCACUAAAGCAACAAUCGAAACUAGACAAGACGAUCCUCGAGCAAAAUCAUCCCCUAACCUGUCAUCACUAGACCGCAAAACACAACAGCCGAUAAUGACGCCGCAGUUGGCUACAGCUACAAAGUCAAACAACCCACAAUCCCACACAUAUCCUAAGCCAGUCAAAAUGUCAGAACACAACUCAGUGCAACCUCAAAAUGUAUGCGUGUCUGUACACGCUGCUCCUCUAUCUCCACCUUUGUGUUCAUACACCACGGCUGCAGAACACAUCAAAACAUCAGUCACUAACACACACCAAACAAGUACAGCUUUCAAUUCUGUAGCAAAGUCAACUGAAAGUCUGCUAACAGAUGCCAAUGCCACACAGAAAGCCCCACCCGUAGCACAUACAAUUAGAGUUAAUUUAGCAGGGAAUUCAAAUAAUAGCCUACGAGUGGCACCCAAAUGUUCCACCUUAUCAAGGGCAGUGAGUGCAUCAGACCCUUUCCAUAAACCAGAAGCUGCAGCACGACGUCCACCUCCAAGGCCGCCACGUACUUCAUCAGAUCCAGGUCAUAAACCACAAGAAAAGUCAUCCUUAAACGUCGACAACAAAUCAUCAGGUAAAUCGUCUCUCUCUGACAUCUCAACGGAUGCCCCGCGCACAUCAUCGCCACAUCCAUCUCUCCGCACUGUUGUCCCACAACCCCAGAGCUCAAAAUCAGAUCAAAUUAUGCUCACAAGCACCAAACACAAAACUGUUUCUGUAGAAAUUCACCUAAUUAGACCUUCCUCCUCAAAGUCUGAACCUGCACUUCAUGUUUCGACAGCUUCUCCAAAUGCAACAAAACACAGGGACUCGAAAGCUAGGUUAGCUUCAAGAGCAGCUGCCACUUCCAAAUCCACGUGUAACAGUCCUCUUUUCAAAAAUAAAACCCUCAGGAACUCCUCAAUCAGUCUGAAAAGUUCACCUCCUACAGCAUCCGCCUCUUCAUCUGCACUGACAGAAAACCAAAGCAGGGUCUGUUUAUCAGGUAUGAGCUCACUUCAAUCAGCAGAUGCAACAAAACAAGGCAAAGAACUUGGUCAUCAUACAAAUCAACAAGGACAAGACAGAAAAACUCAAAUCAGUAAUGAACCUGCUUCAUCGGGAAUUGUUGCCAAUCAGGAAAUGAUAGCAAAAACAACUCUGUUUGUAAUUCCUGGGAUGCUGCGUGUGCCAAUAAGUCAAACCAGAGCUGUCGAUCCAAGAAACCCAAAAUCAGACAUUGUUCCAAACACUGAGUCCUAUGCCGACAAAAACAAAUUCAAUGGUAAUCUAAUCAAUGAAUUAGCAGUGCAUGAGUCAAAAGAGCUUGAAAAUUCAGAUCUAUCACAGGUCAGUAGCCUUCUGAAUAACAUUUCCCUAAUGAAGUCAAGCAGCUCUUGUCUGCAGGGUUGCAUAAACACAGAACAACAAAGACUUGCACAUUAUCAAGGAUGCACCACAACAGAACAAGAGGGACACUGUGGUGCAUGCCCACCAGUGAAAAAAGCCCAGGAGACAGAUUUAAAAACAGAAAAGUUUGCCUUGGGAAUGUCAGUCAGGCGUGCAAACAUUCAACUUAACUCCAAUGCAGAAAAACAGAAACAUCCACAUAAGUCAACACCCCCUGUCAUAGCACAAAUAAACCUUGCACUGGAAAAUGCUCAUGUCCACCCUACAAUCAAAUCCUCAGUCCAUCAAAACUCAGACACAUCCCUCCCACCUGCACAUGCACAUCCAGAGCUUUCUUUUACUGCACCAGCCUCUGCAACCAGCAAGGGAGAGCUUUGUUCGCACAAAGGCCCUGAAUGUGAUCCCAUACUGCCAGCAUCAACAAUGCAUUCGACAUCCCCUGCCCGCCUCCACACCUGCAAGGCAGAAGCAAUCAUCAGACCGGAUUCAAAGUUUAGCCCUGCUCCCUCUCGGCCGUGCCCCGAGGACACCCGCCUAGCUCACUCCCACCCGGCUGAGGCAGCCGUGUUGCUGCCUCCGUCCCCACAGUGCUGCAAAUCAGCCGCCCUGCAGCAGAGGCUGGAGACGGUGGAGGCCAGCCUGGCAGCCAACAAGGACAGGAUAACCACUCUGCUCAACAUUAUCCAUGACCUGGAGACGUGCCACACUCCCACCAGUGGGCGGCGAUGCUACAAUACUGGGCAGGACCUCAAAAACUGCUCCACCUGCCAGAAGACUGCUUGUAUUGUGUACAGUGUGGAGUAUGACUUCAGGCAGCAGGAGAGGCGCUUCCUGGAGGUCCUGAAUCAUUCGAUGAAAGGAAAUCAUUCCUUCACAGCACAUCUGACCCAGCCCCUGAACUUCAGCCUGCUUAGAAACCUUAUCCUGAAGAGAUAUAAAAAGUCAAGGGUAAAAAGCAAAAAGCUGUACAAAACUCUCUUCAAGUGGCUGCCCAGGAAAGCCCAAAAAGUAUAGUUUUUUUUUUUUUUUCAAGGAAACCUGUGUGCUGUUUGAGCCCGUGUUACAAGUGACCAGCAGACGCCCCUGCAGAGGACUCUUAUUAUUCCCUUCUUACCCGUAGAAUGAGAUUACGCUGAAUUACCCUGUAGAGAUACGCUCUUCUGCACUUUGUCAAAGCUUAUAAGCCCGUUUUUAUACUCCAAUUAUCCCCAUGAUCUCUGUGACCUUCAGCUAGUCUCACCCAUGAGGAAUUCUUUAUUUCACUUUAAGAGCUAAUGCUAUUUUGUUGCCUUCUUUAAACUGAUGGCACACGCUGCAGAAGUCUUUAUUUAGUUUUACAUUGAAGAUUUGAUUCUGUUUGCACUGUCAUGAUAAAUGCACUGUAAGUUUCUGUUUGUGUUAGGUUUCACCUAUC